AUGAGCGCUGAAUGCAGCAGCUACAGCAGUGCCGACGGUGCGUUUGUGGACGGAUUCUCUUGCCCCAGACCGGGAAACGCUGCUGCCGCUGUCUACUGCUGCGGAUUUAAUGAUGUCAAGUACUGCUGCGAUGAUCCCAACAGUUUUUUCCCGUAUGAGUACGGAUACAUGUGGUGGCUGAGUAUCGGCGCUCUGGUUGGUCUGUCCAUCGCAGCCGUGGUCCUCCUCGCCUUCCUCAUCACUGUGUGCGUCCUCUGCUACCUCUUCAUCGCCACCAAACCCAGUCGCCUUGACAACGGCCUACCACUCAGAGCGCCCACAGGAGGCCCCAGCGAGCGCCAUGCGAGGGCGACCUGCGCCACUGGUCCGCAAGGAUUCAGAAAACACUUCAUGAGCAGGAAGCUGGACUGCGAUAACCAGCCGCCGGACCCCGAGCUCCUGUUCCAGAGGUGUUUCACAGCCAACGUCACCGGCGUCAAAGUGGAAAGUCCCUCUUAG